CCGACUGCGUGGGACCAAUCAGAGCUCCGCCGCGGUGUUCCCGGUGCUGGCGUCCGGGCCGAGGUUGUCUCCUGGAGGACUAGGGCCGUUUGGCCAUCAAGGCCUGACAGCAACAUCGGAAUCGUCAGAGGAUUGCACUUAGGUCAGCAACCCCAGCAUCUCCCCAUGGACACAUCCAAGAAGACAGAGGUGGUGCUCCUGGCCUGUGGCUCUUUUAACCCUAUCACCAACAUGCACCUCCGGCUGUUCGAGCUGGCCAAGGACUACAUGAAUGCUACAGGAAAAUACAGUGUUAUCAAAGGCAUCAUCUCACCGGUCGGUGAUGCAUACAAGAAGAAGGGCCUCAUCCCGGCCCACCACCGAAUCAUCAUGGCAGAACUUGCCACCAAGAAUUCACACUGGGUGGAAGUGGACACGUGGGAAAGUCUUCAGAAGGAGUGGGUGGAGACCGUGAAGGUGCUCAGACACCAUCAGGAGAAGCUGGCAACUGGCAGCUGCAGUUACCCACAAAACUCACCUGCUCUGGAAAGGCCUGGGCGGAAGAGGAAGUGGGCUGAUCAAAAGCAAGAUUCUAGCCCACAGAAGCCUCAAGAGCCCAAACCAACAGGUGUGCCCAGGGUGAAGCUGCUGUGUGGGGCGGAUUUCCUGGAAUCCUUCAGCGUGCCCAACUUGUGGAAGAUGGAGGACAUCACACAAAUCGUGGCCAGCUUUGGGCUCGUCUGCAUCACCCGGACCGGCAGCGACCCUCAGAAAUUCAUCUACGAGUCCGACGUGCUGUGGAAACAUCGGAGCAACAUCCACCUGGUGGACGAGUGGAUCACCAACGACAUCUCGUCCACCAACGUCCGGAGGGCGCUCAGGAGGGGCCAGAGCAUCCGCUACCUGGUGCCGGACCUUGUCCAGGAGUACAUCGAGGAGCACGACCUGUACACCUCCGAGAGCGAGGACAGGAAUGCCGGGGUCGUCCUGGCGCCUCUGCAGAGGAACGCCGCCGCGGAGUAAGCACAGUUCUGCACUGUGAAGCCCUGCACGGAUGCUCUUCCGGAGACUCAAGCCACUUGGUGUUAGCAGCUCAGGGAAGGACUUGCAGUCCUGUUUCAUAAACUGAAAUUUAAAGGUUUGAUUAAAAAACAAACAAACAAAAAAGCAGGGAAUUUAAGAUCAGUGACUGAGAUGAAUGUUUUAAAUAAGACUAUUAAAAAAAUGUAACCCACCUUUAAAAUAACAGCUCGUUCACAAAAAUGAAAUGUUAAUGAUGCUAACUCUAAAUGAAAUUUUCAAGAAAGGACCCCAUGCUCUACCAACAUAAGAGAAGCAAAUGUGAAAAACACAUCCGUUCAGAAGCCACACUGUAGGAGCCGGUGAGAUGGCUCCGAGGUUUGGAGCACGGACUGCCCUUCCUGAGGACCCAGAUUCAGCUGCCAGCGCCUGCGUGGCAGCUCACAGCUGUCUGUAACUCCAGUUUCUGGGCGUCUGAUGCCCUCUCUGUCCUCUGUGGGCUCUGGGCCACAUAUGGUGCAUAGACAUACAUAACAGACAAAACACACACACACCACAGAGAGAACAGCCUCACUUUAGCCAGAGUCCGUGAUGCCCACCUGCACCCCAGCUGCAGCAGGAGCUGAGGUAGGAGAAUCAGUUUGAACCCAGGAGUCUGAGAUGACCCUAGACAGCAUGGACCCUUUCUGAGAAAAAAAAUACAAUCCUAGCUUUAGUUAGAAGAAAACCGUCAUGCUAUUCAUGCUUGGUGCCAGCCAUCUUUAUCCAGAAUAGACAAAGGGAGGAAUUCUCUAGAACCUGACCUGGGCAUGUGGCUCAGUUGGUAGAGCUUUGGCCUAGCAGGCCUGAGGCCCUGGGUCUGAUCACCAGAAGCACAUAAACUGGGCAUGGCAGUGCACACCUGUGAUCCUGGUACUUGGAAGAUGAAAGCAGAAGGAUCCAAAGCUCCAGGUUACCCUUGACAGUCUGCAAGUUCGAGGCCAUCAAGGGACGCUGAAGACCCUGUGUCUAAAUUAAACAAAUAAAUGAAUGGUCCUGUAAAAUGCA